AGCAUGCGCAGAGAGAGAGAGAGAUAGAGAGCAGUUGAGAAGAGAAAAGUCCAAUCAAUUUAAUUUAAGCCAAAAACAGCACAGAGAGAAUUAUAUAUAUAUAUAUAUAUAGGAUCAGUUAGCGCCACCGUCGCGAUCGCCUGUUGCUUCCCUCCAUUCUCUACUUCUCUCCUCUUCCUCUUCAUCUUCUUCAUCUCUCUCUCUCUCUCUAACCUCUGAAUCUAGCACCGGUCUCGAUUCUCUUCAUUCUUCACCGUCCACACGCUCAAUUCCCGCUCUUUUCCGUCUCUUGCAGCGCUCCAAUUCAUCUUACUGUCUGGAUGCUCUGGCGCCGUCUGGCCUGUCCAGCUUCCUUUAUGCAAAGGUCUAAGCAGGUGUGGAAGAACGAAGCACGGGAAAGCAUGGAUGGAGUGAAAUUAUGUUAAUUUCUGAAGUUCUGUUCUUUUUGGAGAGGCAUUGAAGGCACUCGUAAUAAUUUUGGAAGCUUCUUCCUUUUUGGAGAGGCAAUGAGGAUAUGCUCACAUUUAUAGCCACUAGAUUUGAUAUUUGCAAUCUUGGUUGGAAAGGUUGCCACUUUUUUAGUGCAAGCAAGUACACAGAUUGGUGAAUAAGAUGAAAUUAUUGAGGAAGAUUAUUAUUUUCCUUGUAUUAAGGAUUGAUUGGAGAAAACUGCUUCUUAUUGGUUCGUUCUUUACUAUAGUUGGCGUUGUUGUUCAAAUUUCUACACUUCCUUAUCCACUGACCAUAUGGGUCUUUUCUUCAUCAGAUCUGCCUCUGCUGUACAUAUCCAUGAAUAGUAAUGUACAUUUGAAUGAAAAGAAUAGCUUGAUGAGGCUUGAACAGUUUGAAACUCAUGCUGUUGUCUCCAUGAAUACUUCAACUGUCUUAAAUCCUCUCGUCUCCACAAAUACUUCAACUGUCCUAAAUCAUGUUGUCUCCACAAAUACUUCUACCGUCUUAAAUCAAUCAAUGUCAAUUGUGGAAGAGAGACCUAUAUCCUCUAGAAAGAGAGGUCAAUCAUCUAAAAGGCAAAGGCGGCAUAGAAAGGCGGAGGAUAUAGUUGCUUAUCCACCUCGUCUUAGACCUGUGCCCCAUCGCUUGCUGAGGUAUGUUCGGUCAUUGACACCUUAUGAAGCGCUUGUGUAUGCUAAGAAAGAGAUGGAGAACAUCUCAUCUGUCAUCAACGACCCAGAUCCAGAACUCUAUGCUCCUUUAUUCCGGAAUGUUUCUGUUUUUCAAAGGAGCUAUGAGCUGAUGGAACUCUUGCUUAAAGUUUACAUUUACCAAGAUGGGAAGAGACCAAUUUUCCAUGAACCCAUUCUGCGGGGAAUUUAUUCAUCCGAAGGAUGGUUUAUGAAAUUAAUGGAGGAGAACAGACAAUUUGUAACUCAGGACCCUGAGAAAGCUCACCUAUUCUAUCUUCCAUACAGUGCAAAACAACUUCAGACGGCACUUUAUGUGCCCAACUCACAUAAUAUAAGGCGAUUAUCAUUCUUCCUGAGAGAUCACGUGAACAUGCUUGCUGCAAAGUACCCAUUUUGGAACCGGACUCGUGGAUCAGAUCAUUUCCUAGUUGCUUGCCAUGAUUGGGGACCUUACACAUUAACUGAGCAUGAGGAGUUAACCAAAAACACUAUAAAAGCUCUCUGCAAUGCAGAUGCCUCUGAAGGAAUUUUUGUCGCGGGAAAGGAUGUUUCUCUUCCAGAAACCACCAUAAGAAAUCCCAAGAGACCUCUUAGAGGUCUCGGAGGGAACAGAGUAUCACAGCGCCCAAUUCUUGCCUUCUUUGCUGGACACAUGCAUGGUAGGGUUCGCCCAACGCUUUUGAAGUACUGGAAUGGCAAAGAUGAAGAUAUGAGGAUUUAUAGGGUUCUACCCAAUAGAGUAUCCAGAAAUAUGUCUUAUCCUUUGCAUAUGAAAUCAAGCAAAUAUUGCAUUUGUCCUAUGGGUUAUGAAGUUAACAGUCCCAGGAUUGUGGAGUCAAUAUAUCACGAGUGUGUUCCAGUGAUUAUUGCUGAUAAUUUUGUCCCUCCAUUGAAUGAAGUUCUGGAUUGGAGUUCUUUCUCUGUGAUUGUCGAGGAGAAGGAUAUUCCCAAACUGAAGGAUAUUCUGUUGUCUAUUCCUUUGAAACGUUACAUUAAGAUGCAAACUAACGUGAAGAUGCUGCAGAAGCAUUUCCAUUGGAACGCAAGACCCAUCAGAUACGAUAUGUUCCACAUGAUUUUGCAUUCAAUUUGGCAUGCCAGGCUGAAUCAGAUCCAAAUACAACAGCGAUCCUAGCGUCUUGGGAUUCCUUUUGUAGUAGUCCUUGAAGUACAGCUAACUUUGAAUGCCAGUGAAAUCACAUUAGCCGUACCUAUGACAUUGCUCAACCAUGUGGUUAUGGAAUAUGCAAUAGCAUCUGUAAGCUUCGUGCCUUACUGAACUGAGACAGGAUUCGAUAUCUAAUACAAGACUGGGAGCAGCCACAACAAUGAAGAUGAUGCAGGGCUCCACUCAUGUUCUCCAGAUGCAGGUGGAUGAGAAGAAGUAUCAGUAUUUUGACUUCAGGAUGUGCUAGGGACACAGAGAAGACCGUGCUCUUCAUGAGAUUGAUGAUGUCGAUGAUGAAAGACAACUCAGAGAUGAUAGUUCAGUGCUUGGUGCAGAAAAACAUGGUCAUCUCCUUGUGAGUUCAAAGUUGUGACUUUGAGUUGCAUCGAGUCCCGUUUUUGCUUUGAUGCUCUCAUGUCAUAUGAUUCAUAUGUUAAAGUGAGAAAGUGGUGAUUCUAACUGUUAAGCCCCAACACUAGUGUCCAUUUCUUGUCUAAAAUUAAGCUCAUCAACCCAAGCCCAUGAUCACUAAUAAAAUAUUCCUAAAUAAGCCCACAUGGGUAGCUUCCAGAAGGACUUGUUCUAGAAUGUCCUCAUGGUUACUCAUCUGGGAAGAAAAGCAUUCAUAGCCAACAUAUUCUAGAAGAACUUGGAGCUCGCGGCUACGAAUUGUUGCCAUAAAUUUCACAUAGUUUUCAAGGCCAAAUUCUGACCACAAGUUACAACGUAACUCCCAAGCAUCUUCAACUGUGGACUUCCAUUUUUGUGGUUGAGAGUAUUCAUAACAUGGCUCUGGAGGUGUUAAAUUAGUAUUACAAAAGAAGAUAGAUGUAAGGAAUGCUACUGUGGUGUUUGAGAGAGUAGUAGUAAUGAACAAUUGAAUGAUUC